AUGAAAGCGCGAUUCGGGGACGACGACCUCUCACAGUCGUGGCGAAAGAAGUUAUCGGAUUUGGCCCUUCUCUUCGACUACCAUCCUUGCCACUCGACAGUGCCAUCGGGGACCUCUCCGGUGAAAGCCUUUAUGAAAAGCUUCCUCGGCAACGCUCUUGUUCAGAUGUCCACUUAUGCGGGGUUCACCACCGCGCAGCUUUCUCUGAACGGCGACUUUGCGUACUGCGAAGCGAGAAUGUUUACCUUCUAUGAUCUGUCCAUGAUGCCAAUUCGCUUGUCAGUACCUGCACCGUCGAACCGCUCCCUCGAACGCAACAGUGACUGGCUGGUAGGACAGCUCAUGCGCCAGACGAGCAUGAAGCCGCGCUCGGCCCGCUACGCCCGUUAG